CGGCGACAAGUUCACGGAGGCAACGGGCCACGACCGCUGCUGCACCCGUGUCUCUGUCGACGCGGGCGACCUGGAGAUGACCGGUCGGGGGGGGCACUACACCCUGGUGCCUGAUCGUGAAGUGCAGGAGUGCUACAAGGCGGAGAGGGUCAAGGAAGAGGCGCUCUUCUGGCCGGCGAAGCGUGUGGUGGCUGGCAAGGAGGAGUACAAGCACGUUCGCGUCCGCGACGGAGAGCAAUUGCGCGGGAGGAACUGCAAGCGUGUGGGAGAGUUCAACUGGAUCUCUGCCGACUGCGACUGCCACGACUGCAAGCGAACCCCAUUCGUCGACUCCUCGCGGGUGCCGUUCAACCGGCGCGACUUGUCCGCAAGUGACGGGCAAGGAGACUUCUGCCUACUCCCUGAUCACGAGGUGUUGGCCCUUUACUUCCACGACGAAACGACGGCGAAGGAGAACGACGAUGGCGGCUGCCAGUGGAUGGAUGGUCAAAAAGGAGCCGCCAUCAAGAAGAAGGGGGAAGGGCGGGCCGUGCACGUGUCUGACAUCAUCGGCGUGGACAGAGGCGUUGCGGUGAUCGGGAAGGAGGCCUGGGGCAUGAUGCAGGAAGACAAGAGCGUCGGGUACGCUCCGGCGGUUGAAGUCAUCGCGCAAGGGCCCGCUACCGGGGACGGGGACGUGCCUGAGUGUUUCGUAGUCCGUCAACGCUACGAGCGAUCUGGGAUCUACUUCGGCAGGAAGGAGGGCGACGGGGAGGAUGGCCACGCCGUCAAGUUCGUACAGGAUGCGGUGGAGUUGUUGAAAGCGAUGCCAGCUGACUGCGGAGUGACCAAAACCAAGAACGACCCGCGCACCGGGGCGGUUAUCAUGACCGUGGGGCAAAACUCGGACGGGUACUGGACCAACGACAGAAUGUGCAAGCAGAUUCCGGGGUUGAUCGCCAUCCACGAGCUGACGAGUGAGCCCCACCGCCCAAUGGUGAUGGUCUUCGACAACUCCACGGGGCACGCCGCGUACGAGGAAGGCGCACUGGUAGCUAGCCACAUCCAAAAGAAGCCGGGCGGGGGGCAGGUAAUUCUUGAUUUCCUCGACGAUCAGGGGAACCUUGUUCACGCCACAUUUCGCGAGGGCGAUACGGUUCUUUUCGACACGCACGUCUACGCCGCAAAGACGCCCGAGCAGCUGGAGGAGGAAGAGAGGGAGGCGGCGAAAAAGGAUCCAAAAUACAAGAGGCCCAAGUUCGGCAGCAGCCUUGGAGACUUCAAAGCGGGCGAAAAAGUACGGACUACCGGCCGUACCUCAGGCCUGAUCGGCCAGGCGAAAGGCGGACAGCAGCUGCUCAUGGAGAUGGGCUUGUGGGACGUUCCUGGCCAGGCUCCCAUUCGGGUUCUCGAGUGCAAAGCGUGCAAAGAGGAAAGGAAGGCAAUAAAGGCAGCAAUAACCGCGUUCAACCGCGGCGGAGAGGCACGGCAGCAGGCGUUCGAUGAUGCUGCGCGCGAAGACCAGGACGGUGGAGUAGACGGUGCCUCGCCAGAGGAGGGACAGAAGGCGGGGCGGCUGGCAACCGUGUCGGCAUGAGGCGUCGCUGCUGCAUUAGGAA